ACUGCGGCCAGGCACUCCGAUUGGCGUCGCAUUCGGCCCCUCCCCCGGACCGGCAACACCACAUCUGACAUCUUCACAAAGGCACCGGACCCCCGGCUAAUAUGUAUAAUCCCGCUAAGUCGAAUACAGUAUACGCGGCUGCUUGCCCUCCGAGAAUGCCACCUUUUCUUAAAUUCAGGGACCAUUCAACAACAGUCUGAGCGCAUGACUGUGAACGGACAGUUGUUGAUCUUGUUAUAAGCUUCAUGUUUCUUGAUAUUGUAGACCUAGCUGAAUCAUCAAGCCUCUUUGCCUUCCAAUAUACCCCCAUUGUUUUCAUCCAUACCCUAAUCUCUGUUCAAGAUGGCAGUCGCCGCCAAGCAAAAGACCAUCACUUCCGCUCCUCAGAAGAGUUCACUCGCAGGGACAAUCCCAACCAAGAAGCUCACGAAGGAGCAGCUUUUCAAGACACAUGAGGGACACAUCAAGAAACAAAACGCUACCCAAACUCCCAAUGGCCCCAGGGCAGUGAAGCAGCCAAACCUAGCGGAAGCAUACCCUGCUUCUACCAAGUCUAUCAGAGAUCUCGAGAUCAUCUCACUAAGUGAACUUAGCGUAGAAACACAUCACCGAGGCAAGGGUCUCAUCGUCAAAGUAGUCAGCCCGCCCUACAUUGGCGCCGGUGCUGUCAGUAUUGUCGAGGACCAGUGGGGCAAUGUCGACAAGCUCGCCAUCUACAACCAAGGCGACUCAGCAAUCCUGUCGGGAGUUCCCGAGGGGUGUAUCGUUGCCAUCAAGGAGCCUUAUUACGUCCAGAAUGGCGCGGAGAACGAUUUCAUGAUCUGCGUCGAUCAUCCGUCAGAUGUCAUUCUGCUGAGGUUUACAGAUUCCAUCAUCCCAGAACCGUUGAGGCUGGGGCCGCUACUAAAGUCAGCGGCGGAGUGGAGGACGGCGGGUGAUCAGGCAUUCUUGGAACGGGAUUUCCCUACGUCUGUAUUUUGCUACACAGAAGCACUAGAAGGCUUAGAAGACGACUCCGCCAAAGCCCCCGUCUACACCAAACGCGCCGGCGUCAACCUCCUCCUAGGCCGCUACGACGCCGCAAAAUCCGACGCCCUCGCCUCCCGAACCGGCGCCUCUACAGACUGGAAAGCCUACUACAACGCCGGCCGCGCCGCCUACAGUCUGUGCGAGUACGCCAUCAGCAAGUCGUACUUCGAAGAAGCGCUCAAGCCGAACGCCAAGGGCGCCGGCGGGGUGCAGAAGGAAUACGAGCGGGUGCUAGCCCGCGUCAAGGAAGAAGAAGAAGGGGCUUACGACUUCGCAGCCAUGCACGCCUCUCUUUCCCCUACAUCCGUGCACAUCGACGCCGGCUCCUUCCUUCGCAACACCCGCGUCGCCGACUCCGGCUUCCACGGCCGCGGCCUCUUCGCCACUCAUCCGCUCAAAGCCGGCGAUUUGGUCUAUGUCGAAAAAGCCACGCUGAUGCCCAACCAGUACGACCCCGCCCGCGCCUCCGCGGCGCUGUACACGCUCAUGGUCCGCCAGUUGUGCGAUAACCCCUCGCUGGCUGAUACCGUGCUCAAGCUGUUUCCCGGCUCCGACCUUUUGGACAGGUACAAGCACACCGGUCUGGAAGGGACAAUCGUCGACGGCGUCCCCAUAGUAGACGUCUUCAUGAUCGAAGGCAUCCGCACCACGAACUGCUUCUCCGCCCCCUUCUUGUCCACCUACGACGACACCAAACCCACUUACAACUCGGCGGCGCGCAUCAUGGCUGCCAAAGGACUAUGGGCGCACUCGAGCCUGAUGAACCACAGCUGCGUGCCCAACACUAUGCGCUCGUUUGUCGGUGACAUGCUCAUCUGCCGCGCUACGCGCGACGUGCAAGAGGGCCAAGAGCUGUUCCAGCAGUAUGUACCCGUCAAGACGCUGGUGGAUGUGCGCAACAGGGAGUUUGAGGAGGGGUGGGGGUUCGAGUGUCGGUGUGGGUUGUGUGAGGGUGAACGAAAGAGUGAUGGGGAUAAACUGAAGAAGAAGAAGGAGGCGAUGUUAAGUCUGGAAAAGUUCCUGGAUAAGAAGCCGAGUAGUAAUGGCAAGGGGACGAUCGUCUUCCCCGAUGCGACGAUCAGGACGGUUGAUAGGAUGAUGAGGCAGUUGGAGGAAUUGCAUGAGAACGAGGUGUAUGAGGCACUGCCGAGGUUGACGUUGGUUUAUCCGUGUAAUUGGCUGGUGGAUGCACACAGGGCCAAGAAGCAGUGGGGGAAGGUGGUCAAGUAUUCGUUGAAGGUUUUGAGGAACUUUGGGUUUAAUGCGGUGCCGAGGGAUGAGGAUCCGGCCAAGUUGACGGUCGAUUGGGAUCCGAGGGAGAUUUAUACGACGAGCGGUGAGGUGAGCUUGAUGGCGGUCCAUGUGGUUGCUUCGUUGAAGAGGUUGGCGGAGGCGUAUGCUGCUUUGGGUCAUCAGGAGCUGGCGGAGCGAUGUGUGAAGGCAGCCAGGUUUGGAUAUACCAUGGUGACGGGGUUUUCGGAGGAUGUGGAUGCUCUUGGUCAGUGAGAGCUGAUGGAGUUGGGAGGUGGUAGGACCGAAUGGGGGCAAUUGGACGUACCUCUACAUAUCUUGUAAGCAUUGAAUUCCUGUUAAACUUAAAUCGAACACCUUCUGAAC